AUGGCGAUUUUCUUCUUCUUCAUAUCUUACAUGGGUUUCUGUGGCGCUAUCAACUGCUCAAAGUUUCUACUUUUUAUGUAUUCAACCUUGGUGAUUCUACUGCUUCUUCUUGAAUGUGCUUUAUUCUUCUAUUACACUUCAAAUUUAGUGGAGAAGGGCCUUCAAGUGGAAGAUGGUCAAUUAACUCAUGCACUGAGACUUUCUUUUCGAUGUUGCGAAUAUAAUUACACCUCUAAUAUGGUCGAGAAGAUCAAACCACCAUGGUCGUGUUGUGGUGUUAGUGGCUCCCCGGUCAACUGCACAGCUGAGAGAGCUUACACGCAAAACUGUCAACAGACUAUAGCAGCUUGGCUUGAUCAAUACCAGCCCGCCAUCUAUGUUUCACUAACGAUACUACACGUUCUGUUGUCGUCCUGUUCACUCAUACGCCGCGCUCGUAGUCCAUCUCGCUCGUACAGCUAG